AUGAAAAGAAGCAUUGCCUCUGUUAAGGAUUUAGCUGAUUAUUUCAAUGUAGCAAUCUAGCACAGAGCAAACAACACAAUUGUGGCUGGAUAGUAUGUUGCAAGAAAAGUUUCAAUAGUUUCCUUAUUUAUGCAAACUACAAAAGGGAGAGAUAAGAUUUGUUGUUUGAUUUAGUAUUUAGCAGAUUUAUACGAAGCUUGUAUUAAAUUUUCGAAUAUUCCUGAAAUUCAAGCAGCAUCAUCUGAUAUGUUUUCUAAAAAAUAGCUUCUCGUAUUCGAGAGUCAAUGA